GGGAUAUAUUCAAGCUCACAACACAGAGCUUUCACUUUUAAUUUGCCUUCUGGACAAGAACAAGUCACUCCUGGAUCUCCUGUUUCUGGCCAGCUUCUAACCCUCAUUCCUGAAAAUGCAACAGCCGGUGGUGAUUGUGACUCAGCCGCAGUUCGGGGCUGCUGGAGGUCCCAGGAUGGGCUGGCAAACGGACCUUUUUGAUUGCUGCAGUGACUGUAGUGUCUGCCUCUGCGGGAUGUUCUGCUUCUCGUGCCUCUCGAGCCAGGUGGCCAGUGAUAUGGGCGAAUGCUGCCUGUGUGGGUCGAGCGUGGCCAUGAGGACUAUGUAUCGCACCAAAUACGGCAUUCCUGGAUCCAUCUGCGAUGACUAUAUGAUUACCAUGUUUUGCACUUACUGCUCUCUGUGCCAAAUAAAGAGAGACAUUAACCGGCGAAGAGCAAUGAAUGCUUUCUAGAAUUAGCAAGAUGGAGGUUGGUUUCUUGAUGAAGAGAUUGCCAUCCAGGACAUCUCAUGAAAUAUUACUGCAUUCACUAUAUAUUUUCCUAUUCUUGCUUCAGAAUGUAUCGCCAAAGCUACGGGCCUACGAAGAAAGCACGCUUUCAAUUCCUAAAUGGCAAUUUUCCCAAAUAUUCAUUUUAUGCCAAUUUUAUAAACUUAACCUCAAAAAACCUCUGGACUUCAAAGAUGUUAAAAUAAAACACUGUCAGUUGAAAA